GGUAUCUAAGGCCAACAGAGGCGGUCCAGUGAGCCGUCUGAAUAUAGUAAACCCUCCGUGAUCCCUUCGCAUACGUCCAUUUCCGGCAGCAUCGCCCAUAGACUUCUAUACAAUUCACCCGCUCCGAUCCCGUGGUAAUAGUCAAAAAACAUGCCAUUGGUUAAGAGAGAUAUUAGGGAUUAUUUAAAGUAUCUCCCGAUGGCCAAGCCCCUUUACGGAUAUAUUCUACCUUGUAACUCUGUUAGGUGGAAUCCGCAUCCUAGCUCUAUAAAUGACGUUGCGAGUGUCUCGUCUGUCCGAGGAGGUCACCGAGGCAUUCUUCUCGCCUCCAUAGGGCCGGCUUGUCCUUGUAGAUCCCGUGUGCCCUGCUGAAGUACCCUUUCGAGGCUGCCGCCAUGUUGUCCCGCCUUCCCCUGGUCCUGUGUGUGCUGGGCACUGGGGACGCCUUUGCUCGAGCGGCCGUCACCGUCAACGUUGCGUCCACGCUGCAGCAGAUAGACGGCUUCGGCGUUUCGCAGGCUUUCGGGCGUGCGGCUGAGUUCAGGGACAUGCUCUCGGGGCAGCCUCAGCAGCAGGGCCUCGACUAUUUGUUCAACACGACGACUGGCGCCGGUCUCACCAUCGUCCGGAACCGGAUCGGGUCGGGCACCAGCGGCAGCGACAGCAUCCUUCCCCAAAGCCCCGGUGGGCCGACUGCGGCUGCGAACUAUAGCUUCGACGAUGACGACCGCGGCCAGAUGUGGUUCAGCCGACAGGCCAUGAAAUACGGCGUCAAGACUUUCUACGCGAACGCGUGGAGCGCGCCCGGCUUCAUGAAGACCAACAACAACGAGAACAACGGCGGUUAUCUGUGCGGAACCCCGGGACACUCGUGCUCCUCGGGAGACUGGCGUCAGGCCUAUGCCGACUUCCUAGUCCAAUAUAUCAAGUUUUACAACGAGCGGGGCAUUCCUAUUACCCAGCUCGGCUUCUUGAACGAACCGGACUUCGUGGCGACCUACUCGUCGAUGCAAUCUGGAGCUAGCGAGGCUUCCUCCUUUAUCCCCGUCAUCUACAACCAUCUUGAGGCAAAUGGUCUCAGUAACGUGUCCCUGACUUGCUGCGACGCAAUGGGCUGGAACACUCAACGCAGCAUCACCCAAGGCCUCGUCUCCGCGGGCAUGGAACGCUACCUCAAGUACAUCACAAGCCACAUGUACACAAGCGACCCGACAUCGGUCAUCUCGACGAGACUGAAGACGUGGCAGACUGAGGCAGCCGACCUCCAGUCACGCUGGUGCGCGACCUGGUACAGCAACGGCGGCCUGUGCGAGGGCAUGACGUGGGCCAACAAGAUCCACAACGGCCUUGCCAACGCGAAUUUGUCCGCGUACAUAUAUUGGCAGGGCGUCGAGGUCAACCAGUUCCAGGCGUCGUCGUAUCUCGUCGCGAGCGACGGCAAGACGCUCACCCCUUCCGGACGCCUCUGGGCUUUCGCGAUGUGGUCGCGGUUCGUGCGCCCGGGAGCCUACCGCGUCAGCACGUCGGGCAGCGUGUCCAGCACUGGCAUCACGGCAUUCAAGAACACGGACGGCUCCGUGGUCGUCGUCUUCCUCAACUCGGGCCGCUCGCAGCAGAACGUCGAGGUCGGGUUUCGGGACUUCGCGCCGGCGACGGCCGAGGCCUUCGUGACGGACAACACCCGAGCCGUGGCCGCUGUGGUGGCGACGCUGUCCGGUGGCACGGUGACUGCUUCGGUUCCCGCACUGGGGAUGCUCACAAUUAAACUCAGUUAAACUGGCGCGUGUUAUCCCGUGAUCAGAUAUAGCAUGGUGGUGCCUAUUCCGAAGCGGUCGCCUUGGGAGCGGAGAGAGGGGGGGGAGUGGCAGGCUGAAAGUGUGAAACUUGGAUAGUAGGGAUUGAUAUCCCUGGUUUUGCAGAAUAAAAGAAGAGAACGGGAAUAGCAACCAGGAAUACCUAAGCUACCUAGAGGUACCUAAGUACCUACAUAAGUUACCUGGGUUAGGUGCCCUGCGACCUUCCCCGGUUAGGUCAGGUGGUUGGGGUCCCUGGGGAGCCUCAGAUUAGAUAUCCACCCUCCCU